UUAAAAAAGUAAAUAUGACUUUGAAAAACUACAAUGGUACUUUGUCUGCGUUGGGAUCGAACAUGUACCUCAUGCAUAAAACUUCACUGCUGGUUCGUUCACAGUUAUCAGCUAAUGCAAAAAACAAGAUUCCUGUUGAGAUUCGAACCUAGGACCUGUGACUUGGCAGACCACCGAACAUACCACUAAUCUUACACUACUUUAUAAUCUUAAUUAAUUAACAGGAAAAGCCAAAAUAUGGAUGCAGCGGCAAUAGUUAUUCAGAACGCUAUAGAUCGCCAGAAACCUGCGCAAGAGUUGAUUCUUCAUCACACAUCACCAGUACAGCAAUUUUAUGAUGGAAGCACAAUAUUCAUCACUGGAGGCUCAGGGUUCCUCGGCAAGCAGCUGUUGGAGAAACUCCUCAGAUCCUGUAAAAUAAAAAAAGUAAUCAUGCUGUUGCGACCGAAAAAGGAUAAAACGGUGGAAGAGAGAUUGAAAUACAUUCUAAAAGAUGCUCUAUAUGACACAUUGAGAGAAGAACAACCGAACUUUGAUGAGAAAAUAACUCCGAUAGUGGGUGACGUAGCAGAAGCUGACCUUGGAAUAUCGGAGGAAGAGAGACAGCAAAUCAUUGAAGAGGUUGAUAUUAUAUUUCAUGUGGCAGCUACUAUUGCCUUUCAAGCGCCUCUCCGAUCAGCCACUAUUACCAACAUUAGAGGCACCAGGGAUCUUGUCAAAUUAGCGAAGCAGUGCAAGAAAAUAAGACGUUUCGUCCAUUUUUCAACUGCAUACUCCCACGCCACGUAUAGCCGGCGUGGUGGUGAGGUUCUGGAGCAGUUCUACCCCUGCCCCAUGUCUCCAGACCUCAUGAUAGAGCUGGCCGAGACCCUGGACGAAAAGAGACUGAAUGAUAUUACUGAUGGGUUAAUAAAAGACUGGCCAAACACGUAUUCCUUCACGAAAGCGCUGGCUGAGGAACUGCUCAGGUCCAAGGCUGGGGACCUGCCUGUCAGCAUCAUUAGACCCAGUGUCGUAAUAUGUGCUAGAAGAGAACCGUAUGCUGGCUGGAUUGAUAGAAGCAGUAUUAUGGGACCUAACGGAAUGAUCUUAGGUUGCAUGACGGGUAUCAUUCACGCCUUACACACAGACUUGAAGAUAAAAAUAGAUUUCAUUCCGGUUGACUACGUAACGAACGCGGCGAUAGCUGCAGCCACCACCAGUGACCCUGAACCCAAGAUCUACACGGUCGGGAGUAGCUCCAGGAAUGAUAUUACAUGGGGUAAGGCAUCUGAAGACGGACUUGAAUUUUGUACCAUCUUCUUUAAAACUCGUGAAGUCGUACUUGAGACUUUGAGGGUUCCAGACAAAUAGGCAAAAGGAUUUUUUUUAAUUUCGUUAUUAAUAUGCUAUCAGACAAAUUCAUAUUCUUUAUUGCAAAUCAGCAAUGUAAGAUAAGAUGGUAAUACAAUUAUGAUGGAAGCGAUCGUGGACCCUGAUGGGCUCAGCAAAUGGUAAGUUAGAAGAAAGGAAGGCAUUUGAUAAUGUUUGUCGUGGUCU